AUGUCUUCCACUGGCUCUUCCUCCGAGGCCGCUACUGCCCCCAAGUCCGCGCUCACCGAUCGCGAGCUCGAGAUCCUCAAGAACGCUUGGAGCUCCUUGAAGAGCGCUCCCGAGGUUGACUACGCCAAGCUUGCCGCGGCCUGCGGCAUGACCAACCCUCGCUCCGCCUCUAACGCCUGGAGCGGCAUCAAAAAGAAACUCUUCUCCGAUCUCCCCGCCCAGUCCAGCGAUACCGCCGGCAGCAGCCCCGCAAAGCGCAAGAUCGCCACCCCGUCCAAGAGAAAGGCUGCCGCCGCCGCCGCCGCUACUACAAGCUCUGACGACGCCGACGAGCUCGCCGCCGCUGCUGGCGCCAACCUGAACUCGGACGGCGAGGAGAAGCUCGUUGUCGAGACGCCCGCCAAGAAGAAGCGUGCUACCCCAGCCAAGAAGAAGGCCGCUGCUACCCCCAAGGCCGCCGCCAAGACCACCGAGAGCGACGAGAACGCCGACGAGGCGGCCGAGCCCGAGACGCCUGUCAAGAAGAAGGCUCCCGCCGCCAAGCGCAAGACCCCCGCCAAGACCAAGAAGGCUGCUGCUGCUGCUGCUGCUGCUCCUCCUCCCGAGAAGGCAGCUUCCGAGAACGAGGAGGCUGCUGAUGGCGAGGACGCUCCUGCUGCUGAUGUCGCCAAGCUUGAGGUCAAGGAUGAGGCUGCCAAUGGCGACGUUGAGAUGUCGGGCGGCGCGGACACUGGCGAGAUCUAA